AUGCAAAAUGAUAUUUUUAAAGUCUGUGACAGCUUGCUGGCGGUCUCGGACAAAAUGGAGUAUCUGGAGAGCCAAACCAGGCGAAAUAACCUGGUAUUUGACGGGAUACAGGAGUCACAAGGAGAGACCUGGUCAGAGACGGAGGAGAAGAUAAAAAAAGUUGUGAAGGAAAAAUUACAGCUGCAACGCGAGGUGGAGAUGAUACAAACACUGUUGUCAGUGAAGGGAGUUAACUUUUACGGUCCCUGUAGUGAGUUUGUUGUCAGUGGCAGUGACUGUGGACACAUCUACCUGUGGGAUAAGAACUCUGCUCGUGUGGUUCAGUUCAUGGAGGGAGACCGGGGAGGAGUGGUGAACUGUCUGGAGCCACAUCCUCAUCUUCCAGGUUUAGCAACCAGUGGAUUGGACCAUGAUGUGAAGUUAUGGGCGCCCACUGCUGAGAAUCCCACAACACUAAAGGGACUUAAAGAGGUCAUGAAGAAGAACAAGCGAGAAAGGGAUGAAGACAGCGUUCGUCAUGGAGACCAGUAUGAUACACAGCUCCUCUGGUUCCUAAUGAGACACAUGAGAAACCGAAGACCUCAGCGGGCCCGGCGAGGGGAGGGAGGAGAGGGCGACACAGAUGAAUCCUGGAGCUCGCCAGAUUCCUCUGAUGAAGAAGAAGGAGGGCCAGACCAUGUGCAGUGCAUGUCCUCCUGAGCCACACACACACACACACAACAUAUAUUAAAGCACAUACAUACUAGUAACCCACUGGUACACAAAUAGACACUGAAAGGCCAGCAACAAACACACACACAGCUUUAAAUAUAUACAUACACAGUGUGAGGGAGAGGGAAACGACAGAAAUCUGGCUUUAUGCUCCACACACACACACACAAAUGACAUCACUAGUGGAAGAACUGAUAAUGAGAUUCAUAUUUUUGAUAAAUUUGCAACCACACAUGCAGUUAACCACUCCGAUUUUACAAGAACAUGGACACAGGCGCAUUUCAUUCCCAGUUUUACAGCAUAUCAAAAGGAAGAAUACAGCUGGUGAUUGAGAUAUAUCACGUCUACUGUUUUGCUGCCUUAGUUUAUCAACAACCACAAAUUUUCGAAGCAGCGUUUUGCUGCAGUAAUCAUGAGGCGCAGAAGAGGAAUUUUUUCAUCUGUGCUGUAGUAUCCAGUCCCAUUUGAAGCUUUUCUUUCACAGCGAUGUGUUUGCAGCAUGACAGGACAGUACGGACACUCAAAGCCGGUCCUUAUGCUCAUUACUGAGAGGAUGAGUGGUACUAGUUCUAAAAACCAGCACCAUCAUUUACUGGCCGCAUCAGUUUUCUCCAGUGAUCUGAACUGCAUAUGUCUCCAUGUAAGACUGAGCUGACGUUUGUUAUUUUUGUACUACAAUCUUUGUUCUUCACAGUGAUAGACUGUCAUGGGCCGUCUGGCCGUCCGAUCCUGUCUUGUGUUUGAUCUCUACUUUUAUGUGUGUGUGUGUGUGUGUGUUUGCUGAAGCCAGUCACAGCAAAUUUUCUUGAGGUCAAUCAUGCCCUCUUAGAUCUGACUGAAGACACAGAAGAUGAACCAGAGCUGCUUAAUCUGGUUCCAGAGCUGGCUGUUUUGCUCCAUUCUCUCCCUCCAAUGCUACUGAUUGCACUUUAAUCGGGGAUCUGCUUUGAGUUUUGAAUCUCUAAGACGAGUGUGUGUGCUUAGGGGGCAUGCAAUACUUGGAUUAAAUGUGUUAAUUUUGAUAAUUUAGUAAUUAUUUUUUUUUGCCCUGCAAUUCCCCAAACUUACUGUGGACUUUUAAAUUUAAUACAGAUUUGACACCAGCUCUUUUGUUUUUGUAUUUGCACUUGGGUGGAGAAUUUCCUAAUUGUUAAAAAUGUAACUCUCUACGGUCUGCCGUCGUCUUUUCCUCCCUGUCCCGUAAAAAUUGAGAGCAAAGAUGAUGAUGGUGCUCAGAGCCAGUGAUUUGUUGAAUACUUAUUUCUUCCAGUGUCUUUUGCUUAAAUACUCAUCCUCGAGAUCUUUGCCUAAUUAUAUGGCGAGGAUCAAAUGUAGCAGGAUGUCCCGUGUUUGCCAGAGAAAGGCUAAGCCCUCACAAUCCAUUUUUCAUAAAAAUGGUAUCUGUUCUUUGGCAGUAUUUGGAUUUAGCUGGUUAAGAGCAAACAUGGAUGGACUGUGACCUGUUGAGACAUGCAUAUGGAAAGGAAUUAAUCAUUUCAGAAGGAUGGGUCAAUGGCAGGGGAGGGGAUCGCACUUGUGGGGUACAUUGGGUGGGGUAAGGAGCUUGAAUAACUUUGCCCCUUUUUUCCUUCUUUUGUGAGGGGGAUAAAGUAUAAACUUUUCUCUUUUUGUAUGAGAAGAAUAACUUAUGACUAUAUGUAUAUAAAAAUAUAUAAAGAUAUAUAUAUAUAACCUGUAAAAAUCAUCUUCAACCCUUACUCUUUCAAAGGGUGUCUAAAUUGAAUUGGUAUUUGAUGCAGAGGUUUAUAUUGUAUAAGACAAAAUACUUUUAAAUGAAUGGAAACAUUGGAUAUAUUUUUUCUUUCUUUUUGGAUUACAACCCUAGUUAUCACUGAAAUUAAAAGCAUUCGUCUCUGUUGA